CAUCCGGGAACCCGGGCAAAAUGUCGUCCAAAGCUUUGCCGGUGCAAACCGAUACGAGAGCAGAAUUAGCCGAAUUGGUGAAAAGGAGAGCCGAAAUUGCGGAGACGCUUGCUAACCUUGAGAGACAGAUCUACGCUUUUGAGGGCAGUUACCUUGAAGAUACUGCCCUCUAUGGUAAUAUCAUUAGAGGAUGGGAUCGCUACCUAACUAAUAAAAACACAAACAGCAAGACGGACAAGAGAAAUCGGAAGUUCAAAGAAGCUGAUAGACUCUUCUCAAAGUCAUCCAUUACAUCCCAUGGCUGCCUCGGUUUGUCAGAUUCACAGCAAAUGCCUGACAAAAAGCCAUCACCCUCUCAACCAUCACAGUCGUCUUCCCAAUCUACUUCUUCUCUUUCUACUCCCACUGAUGGAGAAUUGCAUGAGAUGCAGAGUAGUCGAGAUGCCUCAGCAUCAUCCUCCAAAUCCGAAAUGGAUGGUAAGAAUGAAGGUGAUGCAGAGAAACACAUGAAUAAUGCGGGAGGAAAUACAUCAAAUCAUGUGGGCAAGACACAUCGCAGUUCACAUGGCCACAAGAAAAGGAAAAACAAAAGCAGACAUCGGCUAGAGGCCCGAUUGAAAAAGAGCAGACACUCAGAAGAUGCUAAUUGAACAAUGCUGAGGUCAAAGGUCAAA